UUUGUGCGCGCGGACGACGCCAACCACGCCAACGAGAAGCGCAACGCACGCGCGUCCUGUGUGGUGCCGCUGGUGCCUUUUCGCUUGCGAGCUAGCGGUAGUUGUGGUCGCGUUGUCUGUACUGGUCUGGCCGCAGGCAGGAUCGGCCGAAGAAGAGACGAGAGAAAAUUUUCUGCGCCAUUUUGGACCGCACCUGAGGAACGAAAUCAGAAGCAGCUAUGGUGAACGUGAAGGAAGUUGCUGACCGGGCCGAGGCCAUCAUUGCAAACCUACCCGAGAAGGCGCAGUUGGGUUUCAACUUCAUCCAAAACAGGACUGGCAUCAAGCGGGCCUACAUCCUUGUCGGUGUGGCUGGCUUGUUUGCACUGUACAUGAUCUUUGGCUACUUUGCCCAGCUGCUGUGUAACAUUGUUGGUUUUGCCAUCCCUGCUUAUGCUUCCAUGCGUGCCAUAGAGUCCACAUCAAAGGAGGACGACACCAAGUGGCUCACUUACUGGGUGGUUUUCGCCUGCUUCUCAGUGGUGGACUUCUUUGCCGACAACAUCCUGCGCUACUUCCCCUUCUACUGGCUGGCCAAGAUCAUCUUUCUUGUGUACUGCUUUGCUCCUAUAAACCCGAAUGGAUCUCAUCACAUCUACCAGAAGUUCAUCCGUCCAGUCUUCUUGCGCAACGAGACCACCGUCAACAAACUGGCUGCAGAUGCUGGUGCUGGCAUCCGAAGUGCCCUGCAAAAAGCUGCCUCUUCUGCUGCGAAGAACGAGUGAACCUUUCUCCUGUGUCGUUCCGCAUGGCGGCCACAAGAACGAGUGAACCUUUCUCCUGUGUCGUUCCGCAUGGCGGCCACGGCAUUUGAGCUUUCAGUGGCCAGCCUUUCUGGUGGCACCCAGCAUUGUCGCCCCUAAUGUACACUCAGGCAUCAUGUCUUAUUAAAAAUAUGCUUUGCCAUUUCA